AUGCGGGUGCCUGGGGCGUGGAGAAUCAGCGUCGGCGGGGUCCCGAUGCCACCACCGCCCACCGGGGCGGCGCGGCGUGCGGAGAUCGCGCGUAUCCGCGCCUCCCUGCCCUCCAGCGUCUGCAUCGGCGACUCCACCCCUGCCUCUGGCCGCCUCGUCCUCGUCGCGCACAAGCCGGAGCCCGGCCUACCCCCGGAGUACGAGGAGAUAGCCCGGCGCGGCUUCUCCGACGACGAUGCCUUAUGGUGGGCGCGCGACGACUACCUCCGCGACGAGAUGGUCCGGCAGCGCCAGACCCUCGAGAAGAUAGCCGCCCGCAAACAUCAAUCAGGUUUUCUGAGCAUCGACUGCGGCCUGGAUGCCAAAUUCAGCGGGCGCAAGGACACCUACACAAACAUCGCCUACAUCUCUGACAGUCCGUACGUCGACGGCGGGGAGAACCACAGGGUGGCCGCCGACCAGGAGAGCUUUACUAACGACGUCUCCCUGCUAACGCUGAGGAGCUUCCCGCCCCCGUCCGGCCUACGGAAUUGCUACAACCUCCCCACGGAGAGCGGUGCCAAAUAUCUGGUCCGGAUGGAGUUCUUCCACGGCAGAUACGACGGCAAGAGCAGCCCGUUGUCGCUGCAGUUCGAGCUGCACCUGGGCACCAACUACUGGGACACGGUCACGCUCCAAGACACGACCGACGACUGGGUGUCGGAGGCAAUAUUCGUCGCGUGGUCCAGCUGGGUGACGGUGUGCCUGCUGAACACCGGCACCGGCACGCCGUUCGUCAACACGGUGGAGUUGAGGCCGCUCGGGGCCUCGCUUUACCCGGACGUCACCAUCGACGAGUCCAUAUCCACGUAUGGAAGGGGGAAUAUGGGGGGGAAUUUUACCAGGUAUGGCCGCCGCCCCGAGGACCUUGGCCCCCCGCAGAAGAGGCAGGGCAGCCAGGGCCCCGCCGCCACCUUCCUCAGCGGCGCCCCGGGCUUACCCGGCGGCGGCCUCAGGCAGCGGCGAGGGGUGAAGGGAGGGGAAAAGGAGGCGGCGGCGCUAGGGUUUCCCGACGAUCCAUAUGACCGCUACUGGGGUUCGGAAACCAGCUCAUCAUGGGCAAACCUUUCCACCAAAGAGCACAUCCAGCAGGACGACAACAGCGUCGCGGUACCCAUCCUUGUUCUUCAGACAGCCGUCAGUCCUAUAAACAAUGUCACCGUGCUAAACGUUGGUACAUGGAGAGCGUACAAAAGGUCCUUUGAGUUUAAGUUCUUCCUACACUUUACCGACAUCCAAAACACCCAGCUCCGGCUAUUCGACCUCUAUGUGAACGACGACCAGUGGUUGCAGACAUACAGCCCCCCGUACCUGGCCAUUUCUUAUAUGUAUUCUUCUGCCUGGAAUAAGACUACAGACGGCAAGUAUAAUAUCACUCUUGCAGCCAGCCCUACAUCCGUGCUGCCUCCGAUGAUCAAUGCAUACGAGGUUUACAACAACAUCCCCCACGACACUCCAAGGACGUCCACCAAAGACUGUGAGAUGCCUCCCCUCCUCCUUUUUAUAUAUUUCCAUACACUUGUUCAACCAGUUUCAACACAUGAUCCUCCCAAAGAGUCAGAGCUUCAGAGUGCUCUAGGAAGUACAAAAAGUCAUGGGGAUCACCUGCAAAAUACUGAGAAUCGUCGAUUCACGUACAUGGAGCUGCAAAAGUUUACUAAUAAGUUCGAACGGUUCAUUGGACAAGGAGGUUUUGGGCUCGUGUACUACGGUCGUUUAGAAGACAAUAGUGAGGUUGCUGUCAAGAUGCGUUCUGAAUCAUCGUCUCACGGGCUGGAUGAGUUCUUAGCCGAGGUUCAUAGCUUGACAACGGUGCAUCACAGAAAUCUAGUUUCUUUGGUUGGUUACUGCUGGGAAAAAGAUCAUUUAGCACUUGUUUAUGAGUACAUGCCUCGAGGCAAUCUUUGCGAUCAUCUGAGAGGUUUGUUCAUCCAUUGCAAAUCUAAACUACAAUCUUCGAUUAUUGUUAGCUUAAGAGAAUAUGUUAUAGAUUGUUUGCUUUUCAUUUCACUCAAGUUUUCUGGGACUUGCUUGAUAUGUUCAGGCCUGGAUUAUCUGCACAAGGGAUGCAGCCUGCCAAUAAUUCACAGGGAUGUGAAGACCAGCAAUAUUCUGUUAGGUCAAAAUCUGCGGGCGAAAAUAGCUGAUUUUGGACUCUGCAAAACCUAUCUUAGCGAAACACAGACUCACAUAUCAACCAAUGCGGCUGGAUCAGCGGGUUACUUUGACCCAGAGUAUGUCCCUUUGCUCACUGAGAGCAGUGACGUUUACAGCUUCGGUGUUGUUCUACUGGAGAUAGCUACUGGCGAGCCUCCGAUACUGCCAGGCCAUGGCCACAUUGUUCAGCGCAUGAAACAGAAGAUGGCCACAGGUAACAUCACCUCAGUCGCCGAUGCAAGGCUCGGUGGUGCCUACGAGGUUACCUCCAUGUGGAAACUAGUCGACACUGCCAUUGCAUGUACAGCAGAUGCUGCUGUUGGAAGGCCAACAAUGGCAGCCGUGGUGGCACAGCUGAAGGAGAGCAUUGCAUUGGAAGAAGCCCGUGUGGACAGCGCUGUCAGGGUAAGCCCAGUGAGUGAUACCGUGGCCUUAGUGUCCACAUUUAGCCCAUCGGCAAGGUGAAGCAGUGACUAUACCCGGAUUGGUCUCAUGGCAUCGUUGAUGGAUCUGUAAAGUUUUUAGUUUCUGCCAAAAACAAGAUGUGUUUGUAUUAUAAUGGUGUAUUUUUUCUGUCUUUCUGGAUAUUUCCUUGUGUUAAACCAAACAUUAGUGUGUUGUGCUUAUAAAGAGUAUGGUGCAAUUGGUUUGCUUCUAUUUGUGCAAGCAAUGACAGAGGGUGAAAUUGCGGCCCCAGGUAUAGAACUCCUGAAUUGGCGGCUAGGGAGUGGUGCACGUCAUAGUGGCUGGUGCGCUGGAUCUCUCAAAUCUGGACGCGAGGAGUUCGUGCCAAGGCGAAAGCCUAGCGCGAUGGCGGGAAAUACACCCUUCCUGAAGGCGCCGAUGCAGAUUCUUCUCCUCUUCCCUGGUGCUCCGGGUAAAGAGAAAAACUCCAUGGUUCUCUGCACUUCCAUACGGGUGUGGACAGACCCUGUCGACCAACGAGUGCCUACAGUCACCCCGGACCUGCACGAAGUCGUGCCAACGUAGGUACUCAGAAGAGACAAGGAAUCAGAUAGUGAAGGAAUGAAGGUUGUUGGAGUGGAGUGUCAAACUCACAUCUUUGGGAACCAAUGAAGGCUGCUAGAUGAGCAGAAAAGAUGCAAGGAGCCACUAGGGAAGAGCCUCUUAUAGAAUGAUA